CAAGAUUUUGAAAAGGAUAAAAAGGAAGGCGCUUGCUUGAUCUUUUGAGAUCUGAUAUCAAAAGUGCUUUUCCCCCAAGCUCAGUAGUAGUCAUCAUGAAGAGACUUGGAAGCUCAGAUUCAUUGGGUGCUAUGAUUUCCAUCUGCCCAUCAACAGCAGAGGAACACAGUCCAAGAAACAACCAUGUUUACCGGAGAGAUUUCCAGUCCAUGUUGGAUGGCUUAGAUGAAGAAGGGUGCGUGGAAGAGGGUGGCCAUGUUUCCGAGAAGAAGAGAAGAUUAAGCGUUGAACAAGUGAAGGCCUUGGAGAAAAAUUUCGAGGUGGAGAACAAGCUUGAACCAGAAAGGAAAGUGAAGCUUGCCCAAGAACUUGGCCUCCAGCCAAGACAAGUUGCUGUGUGGUUUCAAAACCGCCGUGCUCGUUGGAAGACCAAGCAAUUGGAACGUGACUUUGGCGUUCUCAAGGCCAAUUAUGACUCUCUCAAGCUCAAUUAUGACAACCUCCAACAUGAGAAUGAAGCUCUUGUGAAGGAGAUAAAGCAAUUGAAAUCAAAGUUGCAAGAGGAAAACACAGAGAGCAAUAAUCUGUCGGUGAAAGAAGAGCAAAUGGUUGCAAAAGAUCAAUCCAAUUACAAAGUGGUUGAUCAUGAGCUGAGCAAAUCCCCACCACCACCACCUCUUGGUUCCUCUGUUCCAGCAACAGAGUCCAAAGAGCUCAACUUUGAGAGCUUCAACAACAACAACAAUGGAGCAGUGGGCUUAGCAGCUGUCUCAUUGUUCCCAGAUUUCAAAGACGGGUCAUCAGACAGUGACUCAAGUGCAAUCUUGAACGAAGACAACAGUCCAAACUUGACCAUUUCUUCAUCUGGGAUGCUGCAAAACCACCAGCUCAUGAAGUCUCCAGCUUCCACUUCACUCAAAUUCAACUGCUGCUCCUCCUCCUCACCUUCCUCGUCAUCCAUGAAUUGCUUCCAGUUCCAGAAGACCUAUCAUCCUCAGUUUGUGAAGAUAGAGGAGCACAAUUUCUUCAGUAGUGAGGAGGCUUGCAGCUUCUUCUCUGAUGAGCAAGCACCUACACUUCAGUGGUGCUGCCCUGAUCAAUGGAACUAAAUCAUAAACACUCCACUCCAUCCCAUCCAAAAAAAAAAAAAGACAGAAAAUCUGGGAUCCAAGAAAGACCAUGACUUUUAUUGAAUGGGAAGUGGGGUUGUGUAUAAAUUAAUGUACUUUGAACUCCAUUGUGCAAAAGUGAAAAUUGGAGAGCAACUGCAGAAUGAAGCAGCAGAGAGAGGAGGGGGAGAGAGGUUCACGUGGGGGGUUGGAUUGGGUCAUGCUCAUGGGUGGAAGAUGACGACCAAGGUAUUUUCCCUUGCUAAGCCGUGCGGGGGAAUAUGAUUGUGUCGUAAUUAAAUUCUCAGCUGUAAAAAUGAAAUCUUGGAAAAACUUUAGGGGGUAGAAUUUCCUGUAAUGGAGAAAAUAAUCAUUGUGCCUCACUUUUUUCCUUCCAUCCAUGCUUUGCUUUUUAUAUAUUUAAAAGUUCGGUGGACAAUUUAUUUCUUUU